GGGGCGCUAAUGGCGGCGGAGUGGGGAGAGGGAGAGGGAGAGGGAGAGGGAGCGGCGGCGGCGGCGGCGGCGACAUGGUGUGGGGAGACGGUGCCCCGCGUGAUGGCGAUCGUGAGCGAGAGGGGGUUUCUCCCGCAGCGCGACGUCCACUCCCUUCUCCUCGUUAGCACCUCGUGCUACCGCGCCCUCCUCUCCAUCCCCGCCCCCGCCCUCUGGGAGGUUCUUGAUCUGCAUGAGAUGAAAAACGCAGGAGAUCGACUUGUUUCUGCACUUUCACUGCCCAGGUAUCGACAUGUGAAAAUGAUUAACCUUGAAUUUGCCCAAGAUAUUGAAGAUAGACAUCUACUUCUUUUGAAAAGCAAGGGAAUUGAUUUACUUCAAGAUUUGGAGACUCUAAAUCUGAAUGCAUGUCAGAAGAUCUCCGACAAAGGAAUUGAUGCUAUAACCAGCAUUUCUCCAAAUCUUCGGGCUCUCUCUAUUUAUUGGAAUGUUGGGCUAACUGACUUAAGCAUACAGUACAUCGUGAAGAACUGCAGACAGAUAGUUGACUUGAACUUGAGUGGUUGUAAGAAAAUUUCAGAUAAAAGUUUGCAUCUAAUAGCUGAUAACUACCAAGGAUUGGAGAGUUUGAAUAUCACCAGGUGCAUCAAGUUAACAGAUGAUGGAUUGCAACAGAUACUUCUAAAAUGUUCUUCCCUUCAAAGUUUGAAUCUCUAUGCCCUUUCCAGCUUCACCGACAAAGCUUAUGAAAAGAUAGCAUUUCUAUCUAAUUUGAGAUUCCUAGACCUUUGUGGAGCCCAGAAUCUAAGUGAUGAAGGUCUUUCCUGUAUAGCGAGAUGCGCAAAGUUGGUUUCUCUCAAUUUGACUUGGUGUGUAUGUGUCACUGAUGUGGGAGUGGUAGCUAUUGCACAAGGCUGUAGGUCUCUUGAGUUUCUUAGCUUGUUUGGAAUUAUUGGUGUGACUGAUGCUUCUCUUGAGGCCCUAUCAAAGUCUUGCUCGAAAACUCUAACGACUCUUGAUGUAUAUGGAUGUACUGGCAUUAAGAGAAGGAGCCACAGUGACUUGCUUCAGUUAUUCCUGAAUCUGAAGUGCUUCAAAGUGCACAGCUAGUGUUGAAUUCGGAGCUCAACAUUACGUUGCUCGUGUUUUCAUGAUUAGUUCAUUCUUCCAUAUGGACAUGAAUUCCACAGUAUCUCAGAGCGAUAAGAUAUUGGAGCCAGAAGCCGUUUCCGUUAACGGCCACUGCAAACUGGAGUCUGCCUCUCUCGCUGUUAAAACUAAAUGUCAGGCGAAGGAAACUUUGUUACAUACCAUGGAGGUUUGUAGAACGCAAGAGCUAAGCAUCUUCGCAAUGAAAUGGUAAUUUCUCCAUACUUGUUUUCGGCAUCUCUAACUUAUGUCAGUGACAGCAGCAACUGGACAUUACCUUUCCUGCAAAACAAAGCCGAAGAACAACUUAUUGAAGCACAUUUAGACACUGCAUAAUGCAAUCGAAUCAUAUAGCAAUAACUUAGCAAUGAAAAUGAAGGAAUGCGGAGUUAGACGGUCCCGUGUCGAGGAGAGAUGACACCCGCUCCGAACGGUAACCCGAUCCGCCGGUGUGGGUGUCAUCUCUCCUGACAAAGGUCCCUAACCCCUCUAGUAGUCUCCUCAUUCAAUAUCUUUUCUUGUUUCUCCUAUAUGCUUCGUAGGCAUAAACUCAUAAGGUUAUAUAGAGAAUGGGGAGCUUUUCUUUUCUUCUUCUUCGUCGUUUGCAUUCACAUUGGCCUGGUCAAAGCAUAUGGCCAUUUUAAAUGUUUGGCCAAUGAAACCACGUGCUUUCAUGUGGAAUUUUGGGUCCUCAUAAGCAUUGGAAAAGUGGAAUUUUGAGUUCUCACAA